UGAUUGGUCAGAAGGUUUUGUCGCCAAAAUUCAAACGCAUUUGCAAGUGGCGCUUUUUCCCUGAAAUUCACAAAGCAUUGUGUUGCCGCUUAAAUGCUUGUGCUGCGACCAGGACGAGUUUAUAACGACAUAUGAGGACUAUAGAAAACUGAUUUAUCUUUUAGAGUUUGCUGUCUGGAUCAGCCUCAAUAUGAAGUGUCCAAGCUACAGUGACGAUUGUACUGUUUUAUGCCACAUGGAGAAAGCUGAAACGGACCUCGGUGAGAUGAAGGGCCGCACGGUUUCGCCACGGAAAACGGCCGCCCCACGCUCGCCGGCGGCAGUCAACGUCUCCACCCCUCUGGAGACCCGGAGCAAAGGCCCCCACAAUAAAGAGAACUACCAGAACAAGCGUCACUCUCUGGAGGUGGCGUCGGACGACGAGGUGAUUCUCAGCGGUAAUGACAGCGGAUACCUUUCCCUCCAAAACAGCCGGGUGGAUCACGGGGACGUGGAUGGCUUGGACUCAUUGGAGAGGAGUGAAGAGAAAUGUGUGUCCUCUCAAUCCUUGGACACUGAGUGUCAUUCUGCGCCCUGUCUGCCCGUGCUGAAGUUCCAGGAGGAGGCGUGCCGAGAACUGGCCAAGAGCUUCAAAAAGAGCAAAAGUUACGACUGGACUGUCGUCGAUAAGGUUGCUGAGAAUUUCGGGCUGCAUAAUGUGAUCGGAGGGAAGAUGGGACUGCCAUUUGUGGACAUCCUUUGUGACCUGUUGAAGAAAGACAUGAGGCACAUUCUUGCUAGGAUCUUGGGCCUGCUGGGAGAUUGUGACUUAGUGAGCUGUAAGAAAGUGAGCCGGACGUGGCGGAAAAUCAUUUGCCAGGAUCACGAGGCCCUUCGGCGCUGCAAAGAAGCGGAAAGAUCGCGACGGGACUCUGGCCGGCCCGUGGGAUCAUUAUCACGAGACUUCACCUUGAGCAGGGUGGUGUUCUCUUGCAUGCAGGCCGUAGCCUCUACGCCCGUUCACAAAGCUGUCAAGAAGCCGCAGUGCCAGACGGGUGGAGCGCAAAACUCCUCCAAAUCAAGUCGCUUCCAACAGUUUCAAGAGGCUGCCAGAUCGCUGAAGCAGCACGAGUCUCUGCGAGCGUGCGUUUGCUGCGGCUCUCCGGCGCGGUUCGACGCUGACAUGCAGCGGGCGGUGUGCACACGUGACAGCUGCGCUUUUGAAUCCUGUACGUUGUGUCAGUCGGCGUUCCACAGCUCCUCCCCCUGCCGAAAUACCGUCCGAGCGUUCUCCGCUUCCCAGAAAACGCUCAUCGCCGGCUCGGCUCGCAGCAAAAGAAACGUCCGUCGCCUCUGAGCAUCAUGUUACAAGAACUUUUAAAGAACUGCCUUUAAAUGUUUUGAAAAGACUUUUUAAAAUAUGAAUGUUUUAUCAUCUUACUGAAUGUGAAGUGAAUUUGACCACGUUUGUGGUCGCUGCACAAGUGGAAAAAAACUACAAUCAUACUUUAUGCCAAAAACAGAGACUUAAGGAGGUUGAACAGCCUAUUCAGUAUUGUAAAUGAUGUUUUAUAAGAUUUUAUAAAAAUUGUAAAUGUUUUAUGAUGAAAUGAGCCAUUCCUGUCUGUCUUAUCACAGAAAAUGUACAUAUUUAAAUGGUUGAAUAAAGCCUUGUAUAUUUUUAAA